AUGGAGAACAGUGUUCUUGAGUUGAAUAAGCUUCCAGUAGUAAUGGUAUCUUCUGGAGAAGCAUUGAUGGCUUUGAUGGAUAUCAUUGGCUCUGCAAAGGAGUCUCUCUUGAGGAUUCUUGUGCAAGGAGAUUUCUCGGAAUACCCAGAUGAUCAGACCAUGCAUUGUACUGCUCGCUUGGCUGAAAUGUUAAGCCAGUUCUCAGAGACUCUCCAAGCAAAGCCUGAGGAAGCUACCGAGUUCUUGAUGGAUGAAAUCAAGAUCCUAGAUGAAUGCAAAUGUGUUGGUCUACCCAAUUUCAUCCCGAGAUCCGCCUUCUUAGCUAUCCUCUCUCAACAUGUUGAUGGAAUCCAUACGAAGCCUGUUAAGUUCAUCACAGAGAUUUGGGAUUACGUUGAAGUUGUGCUCUCGUCUGUUCUUACCAAGUACACUGAGAACUUACCCCAAAUCCAAUCCUCCAUCAAAAGAGCUGGUCGAAACCUAAUCUCCAAAACUAAGGAGCAAGCCGUAAACAGAGUGACUGAGAUCGUUGAGAUGGAGAAGCUGACUGAUUACACAUGUAACCCUGAUUACAUGACACUGUGGACUCAGAAGACAGAGUUACAGCAAAGCUUCAUCAACGCUGUGCUGUACGACGAGGAGAAACAUGAGAACUACUCUUUGGCUGGAUUCGGAGAUGUGAAGAUUUCGCAUCUAAGGAAAUAUCACGCCCAUUUGCUGCAGCAGGCGUUUGAUAUGAAGAUGAAGAUCACAUCGUACUGGACGAUUGUCCUGCGGAGGAUUGUGGACAACCUUGCUCUGUAUCUUCAAUUCUCGGUGAAGAAUCUCGUCAACUGUUGGUUUCAGAAGGAGAUCGUGGCGGAGAUGGUGGAUACCAGAGGCGGUGGAGGGAUUGAGAGGAUGCUGGCGGAGUCUCCGUCGAUGGCGAGCAAGAGGGAGAAGCUGAAGAACAGUAUCAAGCUAUUGAAGGAGUCCAAGGACGUCGUCGCCGCCAUUGUUGAUCAGAACUCUGGGUGUGGUGAUCGUUGA